UGUUUAUAAAAUAUGGUAACAUUUGGUAUUCACUUAUUAGAAUGUAGCUACAGUGGUCUAGUCUGGUUUGCUUUGCUUGAUAACCUGUUGCAAACGGUAAUUAGAAAAAAAUAUUAAAUAGUGAGCCAAGUUCAUCAGAGAUCCAAUUCAUUCCCCCACUUUUCCAACAUUUCUUCUGCAACCUUACUGAGUUCUUCACUGGAUGCAAUUUAAAAAAAAAAGUUUGUAGAAUCUGAUUGUUACCUUCUUCUGAUUCUUUCAGUGUUUGGUGCAUGAAGGAUUUAAGUAUUGCACAAUGAGGAGGUCCGGUCUUGUUCCCUUUUUAAUAUUAAGAAGGAUCACGACAGGAGAUUUCUUGACCUGUAUUGUUGAUUUUUUUUUAUCACCUUUUGAGCUUAUCUGCUACAAUGUUUUUCUUUAUUUCUUUUUUUUAAUUGUGUGUUUUUUUAACAUUUCUUGCAGAUGCUGUUUAUACAGAAUUUGUUGAAAUUAACUAAUUUUUAUUAUACCAGCAGUCUUUAUUUUUGCUGUUAAGGGGACUUCUGAGUAUCAUCAGGCUCACUCAACAAAAGAAAAGAAAAAAGCAAGUUUACAAUUUUUUUCAAGCUUUUUGAGAUUUUUCUUUGCGAUAUAUUAUGAACAAAUGUCUUCAUGCUAAUUUUCACUCUCUCCUGUAGAAGACACAUCGUCUGUUCAUAAACAGGAAGUGUGCAGUGUCUUGAUUCAGCUUAUUUGUAUUUGCUACAGGAAACAACUGCAGCAUUCACAUCUGAUUGUUCAAGAUGGCAGCGCUGUUCUUUUCGUUGUUGCUGUUCGUUGUUAUUGCCUGGUCAGAGGGCAAAAACAUUUAUUCUCGAUACGAAGGUGAAAAUGUCACUCUGACAUGUUCAUCAAGUACAAAUACUGGCUACAUUGGAUUAUAUCUGUAUCAUUCUUUAAAUGAGACAAAAGAGGUUUUGUUCUUUAACAGUCAGUCUCCAGAACCUUCUGUUCGAGCUAACUACAAAGGCAAAAUUGUCUGGAAUGGAUCUUUCACAACCCUCAACAUCACAUUGACAAACCUGACUGCCAACAGUGAGGGUAUCUACACCUGCGAGUACAAAUCACAUUCACACGAACCUCGGACGUCCCAAAUCUACGGACUUCAUAUCAAAGGCCUUACAGAGCAGAAAUGCAACACGAUAGAGUCGUCUAAAGAUUGCCCCCCAGAUUCACCCAUCCUGAUGACAGCUAUUGUUCUCAUUUGUAUCUUCUUCAUGGUGGUGAUAGCGUUUAUCCUGGCAUUACCAAAGAUAAAACAAAGAAUGUACAGGGGAAAGACCACAGAACAGAAUGCCACAAAAAGUCCUGGAACCUCCACUGAAUAUGUGUAUGAAGACAUGAGAAAGAACCCUAUGUACUCCCGUGUUGGUCAUCAGCCGUGCCCACAAGCCUGACAAACUAGAGCAGCAUUACUGUAAAAACUUUUUCCAAACAGAAUUUGACAUAAGGUUCAUGUUUUUUUAUUGUCUAUUCUUGUCAAUUCACUCUCUUGGCAUUCUCUUGAUGAGCUUCA